AUGCAGGGGGAAAGAAAGGACCUCGCUUCGGUGAGAAGAUCAGGUGAUGCCAUCCCUAAGACUGACCACGGUAGCGAGACAAGAGUUAUUCUCAGCAAGCAAGCACGCAAACACGCAAACACGCAAACACGCAAACACGCAAAAGGGAUAAUCUCAAACACCCUACCUCCCCCUCUCCUCACCUCUCCCCCCCCUCCUCUCCUCAGAUCCCCACACCUUCUUCAUCAAAGCCUCCACCAAACAAUAAGCCCCCUCCCUCCUCCCUCCCCCCUCUCCCCCCUUUCAAAAACCACAGCAACCCAACGACCCAACAACCCAGCAAUCUUCAAAGCAGACAUUCCCCCCCCCCCUCCAAAACGCACCAACAUCCUGCAACUCAACAAACAGCCUAAUCUCCCCAUCCACCCACAACCCACAACCCACAACCCACAACCCACCUCCCCCUCCCUAUCAUCUACCGGUACCCGCAGUGCACUCACUAGUUGCACUAGUUCCAGCCAAAAAACGCCCAUUCGUCCGAGAUGA